AUGUUGAAGUCACCGGGACAUGCGAACCGACUGAAAGUGAAAACUGGUCAUGCAAGGAGUCAGAAGCUUACCUUCCAACUGGACUACACAAGAGGACUACAUGCUACCACCGACGGGAGGUUACGAAAAGGAAUCGAUACAGGUUAUGUGGGACAACACCCCUCGCAGACUGAGCAGUUGGCUGUGUUUUUACCUUUUGCCGUAGAGGGAGCUCCGCUGGAGAUCUAG